GGCGAGAUAAGAUCACCAGGUGACGUAUCCCCCUUCCUUCCUUCCCACCGACCAAGCCGAUCGGAUGGCGAGCGGAGCUUACCCCGUGCAGCUCCUCCACCGCGCAGGGGGCGGCGCCGGCCAGUGGCGCAACCUGGGAGCCGCCUACGCCGCCGUCACGUUCCUUCGGCCGCAGGGCCAAUCCGUCGUUCUGUACGCCGGCCCCGACGGCCAGCAGCGGCGCAUCGUCUUCGCGUACCCGAUCCUCCCCGGCGACGCCUUCGAGAGGCUGGACGGCGCGACGCUCUCCUGGGCGGAGCCUGAGUCCGGCGCCGAGUUCGCGCUCUGCUUCCUCGACGAGGCCGCGUGCGACGCGGUCUGCGGGGCCAUCUCCCCGGUGCUGAGGAGGGGCCCGCGCGCCGCGCCUGAUGCGGCGGUCGACGGCAUCGCGGAGACGCUGGCGGGGCUGCGCGUGGCGAGGGAGGAGGGCGCGCCCGCCGGAGGGGACAUCGCCGCGCGGCUCGCGCAGCUCAGCAUAGGCCGCCCAUGAUCUCAAAUCGAGACAAAAACCAACCAUCUGCUGCAAGAGGCUAGACCUAGGCUGAAUCAGGGAAUGAGAUUUCAGAAAUUUCGAAGGGAAGGAAAUAUCUAAUUUCGGAAUUUUCUUUCACUGAUCAUGUGGUUAUUUCGUGAAUUUCGGUUUUUUCACCGCUGGUCGACGAAAAAUAUUAUAAAACGAAAUGAAAUUCCUAGGCUGAACUCAAUUAGGUAGUGUUUCUUUCUCUCCAUGAACUGGUUCCUGUUUAACUCUGUGCUGUGCAUACCAAGUGAAGUAUUAACAACGCUAGUGCUCUUAUGCUUCUCCA